CUCACGGCUCGCCCGGGCUCAGUUCCUGGGCGUGGCCCGGAGCGGCGGAGGGAAGUUGCUUGAAGUUGCGAGAGGCUUGUCUUUUCUUUCUCUUUUUGAGCCCAUCGGCGCGGCCCAUCGUCCUCUCCCUUCAAUCCACCGAAACUUCUCUGCCUCCAAAGCAGCUUCCCUCCCUCCCGCCCCCCAAUCCCAGCGCGCCCAGCCUCCCUCGACAUGGCCGAGGAGCAGCCCCAAGUCGAGCUCUUCGUCAAGGUAAGAGCAACGCUGCGCCCUGCGCGCCCUUUCCUGCGCCUCCGUCCCUUGCAGGGAAUCGGAGAGCGUGGAAGCUGGGAAAUCAUAUAUAGACGAGCUCCCUCUCCGGGGGAAAGACGCAUCCGAUCCUCCUUGGCCCCCACCCUGUCCUCACUUCCUCCCUGGCUGGGUAAGUGGAAGCCCAAAGCCAGCCGAGAAGAAGCCCCCGCCGCGCCCUUCUUGGGCAGACUUCUGUUUUCCUUGCUUGCUUUUCUUAAAAAUACUUCCCCUGGCGGUUAUCUGUCUGGUUAUCUCGGCGCCUCGUAGCGUGAGAAUGGCCGAGAGUUAAAAAAAACAACAACACAAAACUUUCGUUUAAGGCUUUUGGCUUGAGGUUCGGGGGGGGGGGGGAGAGGGGAAAGCCGCCUUUCUGUUGCAGCCGGAGAGAAACAAAGAAACAUGUGGCAACUCUAAAAAUAAAGAAGGGGAAAAGGCUGCCCAAAACUGUGGUUGGCAUGUCUGUAAUGUUAAACUCUGGACCUGGUUGUUUUAAGUGCAGGAUGAUGGGCAUUGGCACAUUUGGGUGGGCGAGGGAGGUGCCCGUUUUGUUGCGUUUCUGCCCCCAAGUCCUAGAUGGUGCUGCUGGUCAGAAAUUGCUUUCCUGCAGUUUUUUUUUUUUUGGUGUUUUUUAUUUAAAAAACCUCUUUAUUUGCUGUCAAUCUUAUUUUGGAAGUGGCAAUGGCAAGUUAGAAAAGAGGUGGGAGAGGGUUUUAUUUAUAUUAAAUUUGCAUCCCAUCCCGUCCUGUCCCCCGACUUUUCCACCAAGAACCACAAAGUGAUGUGAAAAUGGUUCCAGCCCCACAUCUUUCCCUCCUCUUGCCACAGCCUUGUGCAGUAGGUUUGGCUUAGAGGCCGUAGUAAUUGCCAUGAGGUCACUCAAUGCACUGAGUCAGACUCUAGUCUUCCAGGUCCUGGUCUGACACUCUUAGCCACGCUGGAUGACAAGGGCAUUUGGCAUUUCUGGCACAAAUCCACUGCCCGGGAGCUGCGUGGAAUGCGUGUUCCGAAAGGCGAGGCAAACCCAUCCCCUUUUUGAUGAAGUUGCGGUGGUCCCAUGUCUUCUGUGCUUCUGGUCCAUAGAUGGCCAACUCGCUUGUGCAGGAAGGGGUGGGGCAUCUCUAGACAGGAGCAGGAGGACUCGUGGGGCAGGAUGUGGUGUGGAGUUUCAGGUCUGCAUGCUUCUUCAGCCCUCUGAAAGUAAAGGAGGGGAGGAAGCUGCUUCAUACCAGGUCUGUCUGGUUUGGCAUUGUCCGCACGGACUGGCAGCAGUUCUGCAAGGCUCCAGGCAAAAAUAUCUUCCAGUCCUAUCUGGAGAUGCCGGGGACCUUCUGCAUUCUUGACCCACUGAGCUAUGGCUCUUCUCCAAGGAAUCAGUAAGAUCUUGUUCAUUGGACUUGGGAAGCCGCCUAGGACUGAGUCAGGCUUCUAGUCCCAUCUUCACCCUGCUGCCCAUGAUCUCAGGUCUUCACCCUCACCUCUUAACCCAAGGCUACGGUUAGCUGAAGCUUUUGGGGACUGGACAUUGGCAUGCACUGCGUUGUGUUCUUCCACUGAUCUAAGCCAAGUUACAGGGAACCAGGCAGAGGGCCUUCUCGGUAGUGGCACCCGCCCUGUGGAAUGCCCUCCCACCAGAUGUCAAAGAGAAGAACAACCACCAAACUUUUAGAAGACAUUUGAAGGCAGCCCUGUUUAGGGAAGUUUUUAAUGUGUGACAUUUUAAUGUAUUUUUAAUCUUUGUUGGAAGCCGCCCAGAGUGGCUGGGGAAACCCAGCCAGAUGGGCGGGGUAUAAAUAAUAAAUUAUUAUUAUUUUUAUCAUUAUUAGGCCCCUCCCCAUGAGGCAAGAUGUGGUGGUGUCUCUGUCCCGCCUUCUUAAAUUGGUACCCUCCUCCUGCCUCCAUUCCUUCCUUCAGUUCAGGCCUUUGGGGACCCUUUGGUAAGCUGAAUGGUUAGUUGCUUCCCAUGUUUGCACCAGCUGGCUCAGUGUCCAGACUUGCACUGUGAGCGAUGCAGGGCCUGUUGCAACCCUGCGUGGUGGGAGUGUGCUGUGAGGCAACCUCGGUCCUCUUUUGAUUUGUGGCUCCGCAGGCUGCUAGGCCACGAGUGCUUUUCAGUUGCAUAUGUAUACUUGGCUGUGUUUGUUUCAAUCCAGAAUGUGGGGCCUUCACCUUGGGAGCCAAUUGUGGCCUUCUAAGCCUGGCUUAAAUGUGCCCUUGGACACUGGUCAUGCUUCCGUGGAUGGGGGAUAGAAAGGGCUGGCUGCGUGUGUGGAAACUAGCCUACUACACAAAGGCAAAUUUGGCAAUCAUUGCAUCGCGUAUUCCUGCAUUGCAUGGGAGUUGGGCUACAUCAUGGGUCGGCAAACUAAGGCCCGGGGGUUGGAUCAGGCCCAAUUGCCUUCUGGAUCUGGCCUGCAGACGGUCUGGGAAUUGCCGCGUGGAUCGCCAGCACGCACGUUUUUUCCCUCUCCCUCCCUCAGCGGUGGCGGCGCCUCCGCCUCCUCCCCCCCUCCUCCUGGCUUCUCCCCGCCCUGCCUAGAGGAGAAAGGGGGACUGGGCUUUGUUGGUGCCAGCAGCAGAAGCGCUUGAGCGGCCGCCAUUUUAAGCAGCCCCUCUCCGUAGCCUUUUCACGCGCCGCUCAUAGUCUACCCCACUGCCUCAGCCCCUGCUGCUCACAAGACACAGGUAAGCAGCCACUGAGGCUCGUGGCGCUCUUGCAUCACCCCCCCCAAAUAUAGUCCGGUCCCCCACAAGGUCUGAGGGACAGUGGACUGGACCCCUGCUGAAAAUGUUUGCUGACCCCUGGGCUAGAUUAUCCUCAGAUUCUAUGAAUCUAUGGACCUUCUUUUGCCUCUGGCCACGACCACCGCUGGUGUGUGGCCCCCAGAAGGGAAUGUGGCGUUCAGCCUGGAAAAAGUGCCCCCACCCCUGCCUUAAUACUAAAAGAGAGAAGUGUGGGUGCCUGUGAAAUACGUUCUUCUCACCCCCAGUUUUCUUCUCCCAUUGCCACUUGUGAAGCCACAAGGCUCCUGCCACUCCUGCUAAGACUCACUGUGCCAUUUCCAUGCUUACAUUUCAGUGCUUUCCACCAACUGCUGCUUCUCUUCACAUUCCCCCCCCCCCGGCGACACCCCUCAUCUUACAACACCAGGCGAGUGUUGCCCCUCAACCCCCCACUGAGCAUAUCACCCUCCAGGUGUUUUUUCCGCAAUGCCAUCGAUGCCUUGCCUCUCCUGUCCAGUGAGUCGCUAUAUUUCUGUUAAACAAUUAAAUGGGCCCGUGGUCCAGGUAUGCAUGCCAAAAGCACAAAUUGCUUUGUGAAAAAAAGUAUCUGUUUUGUUGCAGUUCUGUUUUCAGUGUGGUGUGCCGUUUUUGAAAUCUGAACGAGCCACAGUUUUCAUGUUGCAUCUACCUUGCAGAAUCUUCAUUGCGCCGCAGUUGACAAUCUCUUUGCUUCUGUGCUCUGUAACAUGGAAAACAUAGGAAGCUGCCUUAUGUAUUGAGUCAGAAUACAAGUCUAUCUAGCCUGGUGCUUGUUUUUAUUUUAUAUACUCUAUCGCUGCAUAUUUAGCCCUCCUUUCUUCCCAAAUGCUUGUGGCCGCAUACCUAGUCCUACUACUCCUUGCAAGUCCAGUUAGGCUGAGAGGCAGUGAUUAGAUCAGGGUCACCUGGUGGGCUUCAUGGUCGAGCAGGGAUUUGAACCCUGCUCUCUCCCAGGCCCUAGUCUGGCACUCUAACCCAGGCAUAGCCAAACUUGGCCCUCCAGCUGUUUUGGGACUACAAAUCCCAUCAUCCCUGACCGCUGGUCCUGUUAGCUAGGGAUGAUGGGAGCUGUAGUCCCAAAACAGCUGGAGGGCCAAGUUUGGCCAUGCCUGUUCUAACCACUAUGCCAGCCAGCAAGCAAUGGUUCUCCAAGGUCUAGGGGUGGGUGGUCUUUCCUAACCAUACUAACUAAAACUGGAGGCAGGAGUUUCUGCAUGCAAAGCAGGUGUUGUCUGGUUGUGUUGCUUCCCUCUUCCUGUACUCCUGUCGUGGCAACCCACCCACCCUCUUGCCUGCCUUCAUGUUAAGACCCUUCACCCAUUCCUAGCUCAUGUCUGGCGGCUCUUUUCGCAAACAGGCGGAGUUAAGACAAAGCACCACCUUUGCAGCUUUUAAUUUCCGAAGCUCAUUAAUGUUUUUUAGUUUCCGGAGCUCAUUAAGCUUUCAAGCUCUGUCGCUUUUUGAGUUAUUCUGCAAGCUGGCGGGUUUCUUCUGAUCCGUGGGUUCCCAGUAGGAUGUAACCUCUGCUAAAGGUCCCAAGGGCAGGCAGCAGUGGCUUUUAAAUCCCAACUGGACCCAGGAAAAGGGUCAUAUUCCCAGGCCAUUCAGGUAUUAAAACAACUGGCCUGCGUGCCUGAAAUUGGGAGGCUGAGGUUCUGUGGCCUUUUCCUCCUUACCUUUCAGAAUGGUGCAAGGAUGGACACGAUACUGACAAAAAGGGUGAGGGUGUUAACUGCUUUGUAAGCAUCCCAGAAUAAUCUGGCUGACAACUGUUGGGAACAGGGUGUUUGGCUGCAUGGACUUUGUGUCAGGGCCAUGCAGGAUAUUUGAAUGUUCCUUUUCUUUUCACUUUAACACACCAAGAAAGACAAUUAUCCGUAUAGGUAAAGGGACCGCUGACCAUUAGGUCCAGUCGUGACUGACUCUGGGGUUGCAGCGCUCAUCUCACUUUAUUGUCCAAGGGAGCCGGCGUACAGCCGUACAGUCAUGUGCCCAGCAUGACUAAGUCGCUUCUGGCGAACCAGAGCAGCGCACGGAAACACCAUUUACCUUCCCACUGGAGCGGUACCUAUUUAUCUACUUGCACUUUGACGUGCUUUCAAACUGCUAGGUGGACAGGAGCAGGGACCGAGCAACGGGAGCUCACCCUGUCGCGGGGAUUUGAACCGCCGGCCUUCUGAUCGGCAAGUCCUAGGCUCUGUGGUUUAACCCACAGUGCCACCCGCAUCCCUAAGUAUCUGUAUGCAUCAACACAAAACAAAAAGAAAAAUAAUAUACCAAAGAAUAAUCACAAAACGUUGAAAUAAAAAUUGCCUUUUUCUAUAGACCCGACUUCCCGUCCAGGAGAAGGAGUAAGGAUCUUUGCAUGUUCUUAUGCCUUACUGCUUCUUUCAGCUUUGCCUGGUUUUGUUUCCAGGUUUCCCUCAUAAGAAGAGGCCUUCUGGACCAGGCCAAAGGCCUAGUCCAGCCUCUUGUUCCCAUAGCGACAAGCCAAAUCUCCAUAGGUAAAACACAGCCACUAUGUGUAGCAUCCAGUGGCAGUCUUAUCCACCAUGAUUUUUGUCUAAAAUUCUUUUUAAAACCAUCCAGUUGGUACCCGUCACUCCCUCUUUUGGGACCCGAUUCCUUAGUUUAAGGAUGUGCUGUGUGAAUAACUGCUUUCUUUUGUCUGUCCUGAACUUUCCAGAUUCCCCCAGUUUUUGGCAUUAUGAGAGGGGGAGAAAUCCUUACCCAUUUUUCCUAUACUGCUCAAAAUCUUACACAUCUCUGCCAUGCUCCCUUAACCUAGAAGACUAAUCCCCGGGCCUAACAAAAUAGCUUGGUUUGUCUCCUGGGUGGUUACAAAAAUUUUAUAAACGUAUUCAGGAGUAUAUGAAUCCUCAGUAGCCGGAAAUGAGAUACUGCAGUGUACGGUAUACUGUAGUUUUCCGUGUAUAAGACGAGGUUUGUUUCUUUAAAAAUCCUACUAAAAAAUGAGGUUUGUCUUAUACAUGGGUAGUGGUUAGUUUGGUUACUGCUAGCAGCUAUUGUGUGUGUUAUUGGUUGCUGCGUCAAUGGGUGGUGUUGACUGGCUGACGCUGCGGCAAUUUGGCGGGCGAUUGGCAUCUUAUGCCAGCGAUGGGACAGACGAGAGGUGGGUUUUGCGACACGUGCAGGUGGGUGAGUGAUUUUCGGCAGUCCCCCCUAAAAAAAGCUCUACAACUCUGGGCAAUCCUCUCCAAAAAUGCUCAGCAAUUCUGUGCCAUCUCCCCCCAUUUUCUUAAAUGUGAGUCCCCCAAAUAGGGGGCGUCUUAUGCAUGGAGGCAUCUUAUACACAGAAAAGUACGGUACUUCUCAAGCUCCUAGUGGAGGGAAGAGACCCAGAAUGAUAGAACAGAGCCGUUUCUUUUAAUGACUUCAAUAUUUCUCAAGUCAAGGCAGAGAGCAGCGUUCAAAAUGGACUGGGCACAUUUUGCACCUGGCUAUUGGCCACUUGCAACCAAUUGAAAAUGUCUGGGCGUCAGGAUGGUGCCUGACGUCUCCACCAUCUAGAGGUGGGAUCCAUGGAUCUUGACUGUUUUCACACACUAGCAGCUCAUCCUGUGGAAUUCUAUCCGUUACAUUUUAUCCGCACAAUCAGAACAAAUUUCAGGAACCAAAAAGUCUCAUUGAAAAAUAAAACCUUUGAACCGCCCGGCUCCAAAAUGGCAACUAGGCAUUCUGUUUUGGUGACGGUAAACCUGGUUUAAGGAGGCAUUUGGAGCCUAGCAUAUAUAUAUCUUGAGCUUCUAACACUGGCAGAAAACCUAUAUAGCUGUUCAUUUGUUUUUCAAAAACCUGGGCAGGCCGGUAGCAGAUAAUAAACAAAACAGGAACGUUUGUCAUUUUAAUACGAAAAGGGAAGUUGCUCCCCCCCCACACACUUAGCACGAGAUGCUGAGCAGGCAAAUAGUGAUGUGUUGUAAUAAGGCACUGUCAUAUUCUGAGGAAUAUUCAAACACACAGUCUAUAAAUUUCCUGGAAGAUGAGAAAGAAAAAGAAGGGGAGAUCAGUAACCAGAGAACCACAAAUUUGGGAGGCCAGUUAAACCUUGCCCUCUUCAAGAAGACCAUGGUAAAAAGGUCCAGGCUGACACUGGGAGUUAGAGAUGUUUUGACUGCCUGAGUAGCUGUAGGGAGAAGGCAGCCUUCCCAGCUCUGAGCUGAGGAGGGACUGUGGCUUGGUGGUUCAGCAAUCUGCUUUGCAUGCAGAAGGUCCUGGGUUCAAGCCCCAGGUUAGUACUGGGGAAAGAUUCCUGUCUGAAACCCUGGUUGCCUGCAGCGAGUCACUGCAGCUGAGGCUGAUGGGAAUUGUAGUCCAAAGCAUUUGGUGGGUACCACGUUGGACGCGGGUGGCGCUGUGGUGUAAACCACUGAGCCUUGGGCUUGCCGGUCGGAAGGUCACGGUUCGAAUCCCCGCGACGGGGUGAGCUCCCGUUGCUCGGUCCGAGCUCCUGCCAACCUAGCAAUUCGAAAACACGUCAAAGUGCAAGUAGAUAAAUAGGUACCACUCCGGCGGAAAGGUAAACGGCGUUUCCGUGCGCUGCUCUGGUUCACCAGAAGUGGCUUAGUCAUGCUGGCCACAUGACCCGGAAGCUGUACGCUGGCUCCCUCGGCCAAUAAAGCGAGAUGAGCGCCGCAACCCCAGAGUUGGCCACGACUGAACCUAAUGGUCAGGGGUCCCUUUACCUUUACCCCAAAGAUGCGCAGCACAGAAAUUGCAGUUGUGUCCCCCCCCCCCCCAAAAAUAUGUGAGGAUAUAAACUCAUUCUCAGCAUUGGACUUGGGCUUUGUGAUGGCAUGGAAUGUUCACAAGCAUUUUACUUGUUCGAGGGCAAGGUGCCCACAGUAGAGCACUGACAGGCCGUGACAUUUCUCUGAGAGGAAUUAAAAGGUCAUUUCUCCUAUAACAAACAUCACAUGGUUUAGGGACAGAAGGGACCAUGUACUUUUGUCAAGAAGGGAGUAGACAGGCAAAAAAAAAAGGAGGAUACGUUCAAAUGUUUGAUCUAAAGUAGGCCAGUGUAGAAUUUAAUUUAUUUUAACCUUGCCCAAACCUGAAGGCUUAGAGCUAGUAAACACCAUUUCUCCAUCCUUAUAAUAGCCUACGAAGGUAGGUCAGGCUUAUUGUUUGAAUUCUGUAGGUGGAGAAACUGGUGCUGAAAAGUAAUUGACUUGCCUGGGGAUAUCAGAGAAUUGCAGAGCUGCAAGGGACCCCGAGGGUCAUCUAGUCCAACCCCCUGCAACGCAGCAGUCAAUGCUCAACUCAAGCAUCCAUGACAGAUGAUGAUCCAACCUCUGCUUUAAUACCCCCAAUGAAGAAGCUUCCACAACCUCCCGAGGGAGUCUGUUCCACAGUCAAACAGCUCUUGCCCUCAGAAAGUUCUUCCCGAUGUACAGUGGUACCUCAGGUUAAGUACUUAAUUCGUUCCAGAGGCCCGUUCUUAACCUGAAACUGUUCUUAACUUGAAGCACCACUUUAGGUAAUGGGGCCUCCUGCUGCCGCCGCGCAGCCGGAGCACAAUUUCUGUUCUCAUCCUGAAGCAAAGUUCUUAACCCGAGGUACUAUUUCUUGGUUAGCGGAGUCUGUAACCUGAAGCAUAUGUAACCCGAAGCAUAUGUAACCUGAAGCGUAUGUAACCCUAGGUACCACUGUAUAUAUCAGUGGUGACUGUGGCUGAAUUGAGGACACAUGUUUUCAAAACAUGGUUCUCCCUUUAAGGGCACUGCUUGAAGUGUGUGUCUCCCUUGCACAAUGCAUAAUUAAAUCAAUGGUGUUAUAUAUUGCAAGGUGUGAUGGCCUCUGGCUUAGAAGCAUUCUUUAGCUUAGGUCUACCAGCAACCAUGGGUCAUCCUAGCAAAAUUGGAACUUCUUUAUGCAGAGGCAUAAAUACCAGUGCUGGGGACAGCCAGAUACCCCCUGUUGCUUCUCAUUUGCAGAGUCUGUAUGUCCCCAGAGGCAUCUCUGGUUGGUCGCUGUUGGAACAUAAUAUUGGACCAGAUCUGGUCUGUCAAAGCCAGGAAACCAGUGUCCCCACUGUUGAAGGACGUGUGGUUCCAGAAUUGGCCUCUGCAGUCACUUACGGACUCAUUGUUAAAACCGUGUUUAUGGAAGACAAUCUUACUUGGCUACGAGCGAUCGCCAAAGAAAGAAGUGGGUUGGCCCCUUAUCUCCCCGUGUCAAUCGUCACAACUGUGUCAGGUGACCUGUUUAUGCCUGUGCUGCCAAUCAGCUGAUCGGUGCAGCUUGCAAAGUGCCAGAAGCGAAGCUUAAGCAGGGCCUCAGCAUCAGCUGAUAGGUGAGGCUUUGCAAGCCCAGACAAUCAGCAACCUGCCCCCGUUAGCCCAGCCAUCUGCAGGUUUCCCUGCCACUCACACGACAUCGUAAAGGACAUCUGCUCUAGGACAGGUGGGCUUGGGCUUAAUGUCCUUGUGGGCCAAAUGGGGAGGAGGCCUGGAGGGCCUGAAGUGGCCCAGAGGCUGGAGAUGUUUCACAGCAGUUAUAUUUUGUGCCUGCAGAUUGGCUAAUUUUACAUAGGCGCGGGCAACCUUUUCUCUGUUGAGAGCUGCAUUCCCACAGUGGCGUUUGGGGUGGGUGGGUGAGAUGCCCUGGAGAUUGCAUAGUAGCAGCAGGCAGGAUCAGAGCCGAAAGUGUGUGGGGCCACCCCUCUUCUUUUCCCCCUUGGCCAUGUGUUUGCCGGAUUCACAUGUGCUACCCUGGCAGCAUGGGGAUUGCUGCACGGAGAAGCAACUCCCAUGACAUUGCCAGUGCAUCGUGUUUUGCAAAGGAAAACACCCCUGUUUUUCCUUACACUGAAAAUUCCUUCUCAUCCCCCACCCCCCAUAAAGUCCUUCAUUGAGCAGGGGGGCUGGAAUAGAUGAGCCAUCGGGGUCCUCCCAGCUCUCAAAUUAUGUUUUUAAAAGUCACAGUUGCAGAAGCAGUUGCUAGUGCGAUGGGGCUGCCCCCCCUCCGGAAUUGGCUUGUGGGGAUCAGGAGAACCCCAAAACAGCAGCAGGGGAUCAUUUCACCUGGCAAGCUGAAAUGUGUGCGCUGACAGAAUGACUGCCAUAGCGCUAUGCUGAAUUCCUUCCUGCAAUUCUAUUACCGUAUUUUUCGCUCUGUAAGACGCACCAGACCAUAAGACGCACCUAGAUUUUGGAGGAGGAAAACAAGAAAAAAAUACAGUAUUCUGAAUCCCAGAAGCCAGAACAACAAGAGGGAUCGCUGCGCAGCGAAAGCAGCAAUCCCUCUUGCUGUUCUGGCUUCUGGGAUAGCUGCGCAGCCUGCAUUCGCUCCAUAAGACGCACACACAUUUCCCCUUACUUUUUAGGAGGGAAAAAGUGAGUCUUAUAGAGCAAAAAAUACAGUAUAUAUUGCUGAAGGCUCUUUUCUGCUUGUGUUAUGUUGCUCUGUGAUAGUCCGUCCUGCACUGAUUUACAAUACGAUCAUCUUUAUUGUCAUUGUCCCAUACAGAACAACGAAAUUGAAAGCAUGGGAAGUCCCAACAAUUUUUUUUUUAUAAUUUAGGCAGAAUAUUUGGACUAUUUGAUAUGUAUUUGUAUAAUUUGGAACGUUAAAUGUGAUUUGAUUGGAUUGUUAAAAUGGGAAACUUAAUAAAAAUGAUUUUAAAAAAGAAAAUCUACAUCAGACAUUCAGAGAGCAACAAGCCAGCUGUCCCAGCCUGCUUAGCCCCCUAAAAACUCUGAUACCCCAUAAUUAAAUACAAUAUACUCCCAUAGAGACUACCUUACACUGCAUUUAAAACCAAGAAGUAAACCAAAACGCCACCUCCCUCUCUCUCUCUCUCUCUCUCUCUCUCUCUCUCUGUGUGUGUGUGUGUGUAAAAACAAACAAAAACAAAGCCCUUGCUUAACAGAAUCCUUACUAUCGCAUAAUGGAUCUGACGGUGCUGAGCUUAGGCUCCAGUUAGGGGGUUGGCGAAUCAGUCUUUAUUUCUGGCCUGUGUUGGUUUUGUGUGUGUGGUCAGGCAUAAGCAUUUCCCGUCCUGUUUUGCUUUAAUCUAAGAAGCUUCUUUUGUAAAAAAUAAAAAUAAACGCAAAUACAGACACGCGCAGUGUGUUUUUCUCACAGAUUGUGCAUUUCUAAAUAUUCAUUUUACCUGCUGUUUGGGCAUGCUUUUGAGCCAAGAGGUGCAGAAUCUAAAAGCGACCAGUGUCCUGAUCUGCAAGCCGGGUCCCUGAGGUGGAGAUCUGGCCAGCUCCUCUCAGAAUUCACAGAUAAAUUCCUCAAGCAUUCCUAGCUGCAACUGAGAUCCGUUUUAGCAACUUCUGCUAUCUAGAUAAGUAGCUAUGGGGGCAUAGAGAAAGGGGAAGCAGUGAGCUAUGGUUGUGUGUUUGUUUGUUUGUUUGUUUGUUUGUGUGUGUGUGCAUGCGUGCAUAUGUAUGCUAACACUUCUCUUUUUUAAGAAAAAAUAAAAAUAAAAUAUGUUCUUCAGAUUUCCCCGAAUGGAAAAUCAGGGACAAAUUGUGACACCAGGAACAGGUAGCAGAAUAUUGGAACUGUCUCUGGUCAAUUAAGAGAGCUCGGAGCAUAUUAUUGUCCCUUACUAAAUUUAUGACCUGCUCUUCUCUGGCUGAGGCCUGGGUGGGUUGCAGGAAUUUAAAAUUCAGAAUUAAACAACACCUGGAACAGAGCACAGUCACAGGAAUAAGGGGGCGGGGGCUGAAAACACACAUCUCAGGUGUGUUUGGCCAGGUGUGUUUGACCAGCUCAGCGACGGUGCACAAUUUUGUAUACAGUUUCAAUAAUUCAGUCCUUAGGAGAUGGAUAGCUGCCUUUAUUCCAGCUCAGAGCAUUGGUACAUGAAGCCCAAUGUUCUUGACACUGGCUGGCAGAGGCAGGGGUCUUUCCCAGCCCUAUCUUGUGAUGCCUGGGAUUGAACCCGGGUCCUUAUUCAGGCAAGGCAGAUGUUCUCCUACUGAGCUACAACCCUGCGGUCCUUAGUAUCAUCAUAGCAGAUGAAAGGAAAGACCUUGGAGAGAAACAGCGAGUCAUAGACACAGGUCACCAACCUUUUUGGAACAGAAUUUUGAGAGUGUUCUGUGGGUGCCAGCCACAAAAUGACUGCUUUUGUGUGUGGGGGGGGGGGGGAAUGGCAUAAUUCAAAAUUAGAGAGAUGGCGAAGCUUUCCCCAGAGUUGCAUUUUCAUACAGGAAAAGGCUUAACCUGUUGAAUUUCUGCCUGCUGGGCAGCUGCUAAGGGCACAAGAACUCCAGUCCCCCCCCAUGCCAACCUGAAACCAAACAUAGGCUGCCAUCUCCUACCCGCUUGCUUGGGAGUAAAGCUGUAUUAAACACAAAGGGACUUCUGAGUAGACAUGCCCGUUAUUGUUGCAAAUGUUCUGUGUGGAACUAAUGUACAGUGGUACCUCAGGUUAAGUACUUAAUUCGUUCUGGAGGUCCGUUCUUAACCUGAAACUGUUCUUAACCUGAAGCACCACUUUAGCUAAUGGGGCCUCCUGCUGCCGCCGCGCUGCUGGAGCCCGAUUUCUGUUCUUAUCCUGAAGCAAAGUUCUUAACCUGAAGCACUAUUUCUGGGUUAGCGGAGUCUGUAACCUGAAGCGUAUGUAACCCAAGGUACCACUGUAUCGGAUAAAGGAACUUUAAUAGAGAAAUUGCUUUGAAGGGUACUUGCACGCUGUGCUUUGUAACUUUCUUCCUGGGGAGGGUUGGAUAGUUAAUUUCAUUCUUUUCUUCUUUUUUAAAAGCAACUCCACAGUCCAGGAGCCUUGCCAGGGGGCCACCAGCAAAGACUAUUGGGGUUUUUGUGGUGCUUGUGGGCACUUCACUGACGACCCCUUCUUAGACGGUAGCAGACUAAAUGGACAAAAUAGUCUGACCUUGAAUAUGGGGGAAGAGUUGUAUAGACAGAACUUUUCUCCAGACGUCUCAGUCUAGAUGCAUGUGUUUGUGUGUUUAAAGUCAUCCAAACACCCUGAUCCUGUCAGCAAACAGAUGCUGUUUGAAUACCACGACAAAGUCCCCUCUGUGACGGUCUUAAUUCAUCAGGAAUGUUUUGUUCCGAGCAAGGUUUACCCUCCAACGAGAAUUGUCUGUUGGGGGCCAUUUUUUAUUCCGAGAGGCGGCCUAGUGAUCGAUAGCUUGGAAGCACCUCAGGUGAGCUCUUUGUUUUCCCAGUCAUGCUGCAGAGGGGGGAAAAUAGCCCUAUUGUGGUGAUUGAAUGGGGCAACAGGGGAGCGGUGGCUGGCAAGAAUCUGCUUUAUUUGCCUGCGUUAGCAGCACAGAGGAUAAAUCAGCAAGUUGAAUAGGGAGUCCGUGGGGCACCGCUCACAAAUACAUAAUUCACCUUAGUCCCUUCCCGGAAUGCCUGCUCAUUUGUGCACAAUAUCUGCAAACUGUACGGUACAAUUUUAAAUCCUGUGGUGUGCUCCGUUUAUGGCAAAGGGCAGGUUAUGAAGCUUGCCAAGGGUAAUAAUUAAUUGUGAAGGCUGUUGGCUGGUUCCACAAACUGAAUUGAUUCAAUAAUCACAUGCAACUAAACCACUCCUCAAUUAGGUAUUACCUCUGGUGUGUCGUGUUACAAACGAACGUGAUUUUGCCUCCCAUUCCACUUCCAGUGAUAACUUUCCCAAUUUAUUUACUUUUAUAGUAAACCUUUUGGUUUUGACACCAGAUAUAUUUGCACCAGGUUUUUAAAGACUCUUAAAAAAGAAUAAAACAGAAGAUGAGCCCUACUGGAUCAGGCUAGUGACCCAUCUCACUGUGGCCAGCCAUGGCCCAUGCUUAUGGGAAAGCUUGUAAGCACAAGGGCGUUCUGCCCAUCUGUAUUUCUCAGGAACUGGAAUUCAAAGGCUUGCUAUCAAGGGAUAAUGUAACCAUUGUGGCCAGUAGCCCUUGCUAGUUUUAUCCUCCAUGUUUUCAUUUUUAUGGUACCUUAUGGUACCUUUAUGGUAAAGGUAAAGGGACCCCUGACCAUUAGGUCCAGCCGUGGCCGACUCUGGGGUUGCGGCGCUCAUCUCGCUUUAUUGGCCGAGGGAGCCGACGUGCAUCUUCCCGGUCAUGUGGCCAGCAUGACUAAGCCGCUUCUGGCAAACCAGAGCAGCACACGGAAACGCCGUUUACCUUCCUGCCGGAGUGGUACCUAUUUAUCUACUUGCACUUUGACAUGCUUUCGAACUGCUAGGUUGGCAGGAGCAGGGACCGAGCAACGGGAGCUUACCCCGUUGCGGAGAUUUGAACCGCCGACCUUCUGAUCGGCAAGUCCUAGGCUCUGUGUUUCCGUGCGCUGCUCUGGUUCGCCAGAAGCGGCUUAGUCAUGCUGGCCGCAUGACCCGGAAGCUGUACGCUGGCUCCCUCGGCCAAUAAAGCGAGAUGAGCGCCGCAACCCCAGAGUCGGCCACGACUGGACCUAAUGGUCAGGGUUCCCUUUACUUUUACCUUUACAUCAAGCUAUAUUCUAUCUUUAGCACCAAACUCCGAAUAUAAUUGCACAUUGUAUUAAUCAACAUUAUUUUUUAAUAGAUUAGUGGCCAUGUGGUGAUUUUAGCCUAUAAAUUUUAUUGUUUAAUGUCUUAACCUGUAUAUUAAGGUACUUUUUUUAGCUCUGUUUAGAGUAGGUAAUGUCUUGAUAAUAUAAAUGUUUUAAUUUUUUUGUAUUAAUCCAGCGUAUUUUCUUUUAAUUGUUGAACGAUUCUGCGUACAUUGCGGCAGCCUUUGGCGAUGUGCAAUGAAACUGACUGAAUGACUGACUGACAAUGUAUGAGUGUGACCACACUGAACGAUCAAGUUCUUACGAAUGUGGAAUGAGUAUCGUGUGGCACUGGCAACAGUGCUGCUUCCACAAAUCCAAGGUUGGCAGGCGUAUUUAGAAAGGCAUUCAGCACAUUGUUAUAAACAGGUCAAAUAAGUUGUGCAGGCCUAGGGUGGAGCUGUACUGUGGGACUUCGAGUCCCUCCCUCUCUGCCACAUCUUUCCCUGUCGUCUUGGAUUUCUGUUUGAAGGACACCUCCUGGCUGCCUGUCGUCUUUGUCAGGCACCAAGGUAAUCACCAGAGGAAGGGCUGUUUUCUCUUCCAAGUAAAUUUUUAUUAUUUUCUUUACAUACCGUAUUUUUCACUCUAUAAGAUGCACCAGACCACAAGACGCACCUAGUUUUUGGAGGAGGAAAACAAGAAAAAAAAUAUUCUGAAUCUCAGAAGCCAGAACAGCAAGAGGCAUCACUGCGCAGUGAAAGCAGCAAUCCCUCUUGCUGUUCUGGCUUCUGGGAUAGCUGCGCAGCCUGCAUUCGCUCCAUAAGACGCAAACACAUUUCCCCUUGCUUUUUAGGAGGGAAAAAGUGAGUCUUAUAGAGCAAAAAAUACGGUAUUCUUUUUCCAACAAUCAGGAAUAAUUGGAGUAAAUUUAUUGAAUAUUUAAAGGUGAACUGUAAAAGUGUAAAGACACUAGCAGGACUGGAAUGAUACCUUCAAUGUAAAGCAGUAGGGAUAUAAGAAUAAUGUGCGCGAUAAGAAUGGAUUUAAUAUACCAAUUGCAGGGAGGGAGGGAGGUCAAGACUCGGCAGAGUCAAAGGGAAUAUAUGGUAAUAAUAAGGAAGGGCUGUUUUCACCGCUGCUUUCCCCAUCACUGAAUUCAGCGGAGAGAGCAGCAAGCACAGGCAAGGAGAGUUUGGGGAGAAGAAAAGCAGCAGACUCUUGAGGCUUUUGGCAGUCUCCAGCAGGAAGCUCAGUGCUUUGCAGGGCAGAAGAUCCCAGAUCUGCAGCAACCCUGGAGAGCAGCUUCCAGUCAGUGUAGGCAAAACUGAUCUGGAUGAUCCCGUGGUCUGACUCGCUGGAAGGUAUCUUCCAGGUGAUAAGCUGAGUGCAUUUUGCAGGGGCUCUGUUCAAAGGCGGAAAACUGGAAAUGCACGCAGGAUUCCCUACCUAUAAAAUGGACAUUUGCCUAUUUUUCUCCUUAAAGGAGGAAGUCUUUCCCAGCACGGAAAACGAUUAUAGUGGUACCUCAGGUUGAGAACUUAAUUUGUUCUGGAGGUCCAUUCUUAACCUGAAACUGUUCUUAACCUGAGGUACCACUUUAGCUAAUGGGGCCUCCCGCCACUGGGCAAUUUCUGUUCUCAUCCUGAGGUAAAGUUCUUAACCCGAUGUACUAUUUCUGGGUUAGCGGAGUCUGUAACCUGAAGCUUCCAACAAAAGGUUAAAAAUACAUUAAAACAUCAGUCAUUAAAAACCUCCCUAAACAGGGCUGCCUUCAGAUGUCUUCUAAAAGUCAGAUACAGUAGUACCUCGGGUUACAGACGCUUCAGGUUACAGACUCCGCUAACCCAGAAAUAGUACUUCAGGUUAAGAACUUUGCUUCAGGAUGAGAACAGAAAUCGGGCUCUGGCGGCGCGGCGGCAGCAGGAGGCCCCAUUAGCUAAAGUGGUGCUUCAGGUUAAGAACAGUUUCAGGUUAAGAACGGACCUCCGGAACGAAUUAAGUUCUUAAACCGAAGUACCACUGUAGAAGAUUCCUGCUGGAUCAGACCUUGCAAAUAUGGGCCUGAAGCCAGUCUGAAGCAGAUUUCUUUGAAUCCAUUUCAGGCUUCAGAGAAGCAGGCUCAAAAGAGCCAUUUUGCAAUAAACGGCUAAAAUUACUUAACUUAAUCCAUUAAUCACACAGAAGCCAAGAAGUUAGGGGGAUGAACUGUCAACAGUCCUGGUUUCAGAUGACGGUCGCACUGCAGCUCACCAGUGUUUGACUUCUUGUCUAUUAGCUGCAAUCUGACCUUUUCAUUUUUUGUUUUAGUACUUCUGCAGACACAUGACCAUGCCACGGAUGCAUGUGAUCAUGGGUUGUGCCCAACUAAGCUCCUACUCUUGAGUAGGCCCAUUGAUUGAAACUAAUGAGUCUUAGGUUAGCCAUGUCCGUUAACUUCAGGGUCUACUCUUAAGUAGGACUAGCGUUGGUCAUUGGGUCCAGCAACUUAACUUGUACUGGGGGGAAUCAUAGAAAUGUGGAGUUGGAAGGGACCCUGAGGGUCAUCUAGUCCAACCCCCUGCAUUGAAGGAAUCUCAGCUAAAGCAUCCAUGACAGGUGGCCAUCCAACCUCUGAAGGAGUGUCUCCACCUCCAUCUGAGGUCCAGCUCUGAGGGCUGUCUGGCGGUUCCCCCACUGUGAGAAGUGAAGUUACAGGGAACUAGGCAGAGGGCCUUCUCGGUGGUGGUACCUGCCCUGUGGAACGCCCUCCCACCAGAUGUCAAGGAAAUAAGCAACUAUCUGACUUUCAGAAGGCAUCUGAAUGGAAGUUUUUAAUGUUUGAUGUUUUAUUGUGCUUUUAAUAUUCUGCUGGGAGCUGUCCAGAGCGGCUGGGGAAACCCAGCCAGACGGGUGGGGUAUAAAUAAUAAAUUAUUAUUAUUACUAUUAAAUAGAGGUCUAACAAUACUGGCCUAUAAAAUGUUUAUUGAGUAUAUGGGGGGGAAUUGUGUACACUUGAAAAUGCUGGCAGCAUUAAGAUAAAUUCAACAGCAUAAAUAAGUUUUGAUGGAUGUAAUAAUGGAAUACUGAAUGGUAUAGUUUAUGUAAAGUAUGCAGGGAUUUUAUGUUAUGCAAAAUGAACCGUGGAAAGAGAAGAAGGGAAGUCACUGAUGCUUUAAGGUUGUUUAAAUGAAUACUCUAAAAUGUAAAAUAGAAAAUCUAAUAAAAAAUAUACGAGGGCAUGGGGAGAAAGGACUUAAGCCAGGAACCUCUCAGAUGAAAUAAAGCAAGCUUGCUUUUGAUUGCUCACUGGUCCCCACCCUCGUCUUCAGCACAGGGGAUAAUAAUAUUGACCUGCGUUACUAGGUGUUAUUACAGCAAGGUAAUGUACCUAGAGUGCUAUUUAAAGGGUGGGUAUUAUUACAGGCCAAAGGAAGAAACACUGCACAGGGCACAGUCAGAAACCAUGGAAUUCCCUUGCACAAGAUGAGCUCUGCAGGGGCAGCAGCGAAACCCUGGAGGAGGGAGGUGACAAAAUAGUGCCACUCCCGUCCUGGUUGUAAGAUGACAAACAGGUGCUGGCAGGCUGAGGUUGGUGGGCCAGUGGCCCAUUUGCCCUGAUUAACCAGGCCUCCCCUGCGAGAUUCCCUCUCGUACAGAACUAUUAAAGGCACUGGAACAUCAUCCCCUUCUCCUUUUCUUUUUGCAUGUGGCUGCUUUGCUCUCAGCAAAUUUACCUGCACACCUCUUUUCCGGGUCUCUUGCGCAGCUGUGAGCUCCUUGCAGGAUUUCUGGCUGCGUGGAAAGUUCAUAGAAUCAUAGAGUUGGAAGAGACCACAAGGGCCAUCGAGUCCAACCCCCUGCCAAGCAGGAAACACCAUCAGAGCACUCCUGACAUAUGGUUGUCAAGCCUCUGCUUAAAGACCUCCAAAGAAGGAGACUCCACCACACUCCUUGGCAGCAAAUUCCACUGUCAAACAGCUCUUACUGUCAGGAAGUUCUUCCUAAUGUUUAGGUGGAAUCUUCUUUCUUGUAGUUUGGAUCCAUUGCUCCGUGUCCGCUUCUCUGGAGCAGCAGAAAACAACCUUUCUCCCUCCUCUAUAUGACAUCCUUUGAUAUAUUUGAACAUGGCUAUCAUAUCACCCCUUAACCUCCUCUUCUCCAGGCUAAACAUGCCCAGCUCCCUUAGCCGUUCCUCAUAAGGCAUCGUUUCCAGGCCUUUGACCAUUUUGGUUGCCCUCCUCUGGACACGUUCCAGUUUGUCAGUGUCCUUCUUGAACUGUGGUGCCCAGAACUGGACACAGUACUCCAGGUGAGGUCUGACCAGAGCAGAAUACAGUGGCACUAUUACUUCCCUUGAUCUAGAUGCUAUACUCCUAUUGAUGCAGCCCAGAAUUGCAUUGGCUUUUUAGCUGCCACGUCACACUGUUGGCUCAUGUCAAGUUUGUGGUCAACCAAGACUCCUAGAUCCUUUCACAUGUACUGCUCUCAAGCCAGGUGUCACCCAUCUUGUAUUUGUGCCUCUCAUUUUUUUGCCCAAGUGCAAUACUUUACAUUUCUCCCUGUUAAAGUUCAUCUUGUUUGUUUUGGCCCAGUUCUCUAAUCUGUCAAGGUCGUUUUGAAGUGUGAUCCUGUCCUCUGGGGUGUUAGCCACCUCUCCCAGUUUGGUGUCAUCUGCAAAUUUGAUCAGGAAGUUGUGGAAAGCACCUUGACUACGACUAGCCGCCUGAGAAACAGUUUUUAUCCAAAUGCGAUUUUGGUUUUAAACGCAGUGUAAGGUAGUCUUAAUAAUAAUAAUAAUAAUAAUUUAUUAUUUAUGCCCCGCCCAUCUGGCUGGGUUUCCCCAGCCACUCUGGGCGGCUUCUGACAAAACACUAAAAUACAGUGGUGCCCCGCAAGACGAAUGCCUCGCAAGACGAAAAACUCGCUAGACGAAAGGGUUUUGCGGUUUUUGAGCUGCUUCGCAAGACGAAUUUCCCUAUGGGCUUGCUUUGCAAGACGAAAACAUAUUGCGUUUUUUGCAAGUUUGUUUCCUUUUUCUUAACACCGUUAAUACAUUUGCGACUUGACUUUGAGGAGCAACUCAUAGAACGCGGUGUGGUAGCCUUUUUUGAGGUUUUUGGUGAUUUUUGAAGCUUUUCCAAAACUUUUCCGACACCGUGCUUCGCAAGACGAAAAAUUCGCUAGACGAAAAAACUCGCGGAACGAAUUAAUUUCGUCUUGCGAGGCACCACUGUACAAUAACCUAUUAAACAUUAAAAGCUUCCCUAAACAUAAUAUACUCUGUGGGAGUAUAUUAUAUUUAAUUAUGGGGUAUCAGAGUUUUUAGGGGGUUAACCAAGCUGGGAUAGCAGGCUUGUUGGUUUUUGAAUGUCUGAUGUAGAUUUUUUUUCAAUUUCGUUGUUCUGUAUGGGACAAUGACAAUAAAGAUGAUCGUACCGUGAAGUUGGCAGCUAUGGGCGGAAGCCUUGAUCCCGGAUGAUCGACAUUCUGCGGAUCCUCCUCUGUGUACACCAGGUAUGGCGAAACUUGGCCCUCCAGAUGUUUUGGGACUACAACUCCCAUCAUCCCUAGCUAACAGGACCAGUGGUUGGGGAUGAUGGGAGUUGUAGUCCCAAAGCUUCUGGAGGGCCGAGUUUGCCUGUGCCUGGUGUACACCAUCAGAAAGGGUUUGCGGAGUGAGACCCUGAGAGGGCUGCAGCGCCCCUGAUAUUUGCAUCGGCGGGCAAGUCCUGUCCUCCCCGCAGCAUUGCUUUCAGGGCUCUGCGGCGACGCUCACCUCAGCUUGCCACAUCCUUCUCAGGUGUGCACACAGCUUCUGGAAUGUUGCACCAUUUGCAUUAAUUAACCCUAGCGCAGAAUCUGGAUCUCCCUGAAUCAGCAGGUGCAUUCUGCAUAUUUGUGGCACCUAACAGAAACUGCGCCUGCCUCCCUCCCUCCCUCCCUCUGUUCCCUGGAAUCCAUUUCCUCACAGUGUAGCUUGUUGUUGGCUUUUUAUUCCCUUGUUUUUAUUGUCCGAGUUGCAAUUGAUCUGAGCACCGUCUGCUGGGUGUGUGUGCAUGUGUGGGCAGGAACGCUCUCGCAAACUGUACGCGUGUGCUGGAGUCGGUUGUCACUGAUUUGCUCCUGUAUCUUUCCUGGAUUAGGCCAAAGGCUGUGGCAGAGGUAGAGCGUUAUCAAGCCCAGCAAAUUAUUCCAGCAUGAGUGUACUCUGAACUAAUCCGGAGCCAGAAAAGAGGACUUAGAAUCUGGAGUCCUGGGUUCUUUGAGUUGGCGGUGAGGAGGGAAGAAGGAGAAUCUACUGUUAGGUUAGCCAGAUGCAAAAGGGGAUCCUGUACCUUUACUAGCUGCAUGGCAGGCUGUACUUGUUGAAAUCCCCUCUCCUAUUAAAGAUGCAUGAUGAUGAUGAUGAUGAUGAUAAUUUAUUUGUACCCCACCCAUCUGGCUGGGUUUCACCAACAAAAUAUUAAAAACACAACAAAACAAACAUUAAAAACUUCCCUAAACAGGGCUGCCUUCAGAUGUCUUCUAAAAGUCAGAUAGAUGUUUAUUUCCUUGACAUCUGAUGGGAGGGCGUUCCACAGGAUGGGCGCCACCACCGAGAAGGCCCUCUGCCUUCUUCCCCACCUUCAUUUUACAGCUGACCAUCCUAUCUACCAAUAAAAAAAUUAUAAGAUGUAGCUAUGUUGGUCCAUAUUGGGGGAAUUCAAAAAGACAGUAUAUUUAUUCAUUUGUUGGUCGGUUUAAUUGAAUUCCAUUUAUGAAUCUCUUCCAUAGAAUACCUCAAAGCAAUUUUGCAAAUAAAAACGCCACCUACCAAAACAACUGCAAUUAAUAAAUUUUGCUCGAUCCGGCCGCAAAUGUCAGAAAGUUGUGAGCGAGCUUCUCAGAUGUUCGACUGAGAAUCAAAUCCCAGACAGUCCACCUUUCGGAAAACAAGGCUUUAGAGCCGUUUUGCCCCCAAAUAGCAACUAAACAUUCUGUUUUGAUGACCACAACCUUGGUUUAAGGAGCCAUUUGGGGCCUAGCUUAUAUACCUAUGUUUGUAACACUGGUCAGAAGGGGAGGCAGCAAACUUGAAAGUGUCAUUUCCAGUUUUUCAUUUUUACCCAUUUCCCUUUUUCAGGCAGACAAUGUUGUACGUGUGCUUUAAGCUCGGCUGCUCUCGUCAUGGUGCGAAAUGCAAAUACAUAAAUAUUGGGUUAGAGACGGGAAGGGUGCCAGGAGGCUUGGCUUUAAGAGGAGAGCAAAGGGGUGGCGCUUGGGAACAAAGUCUUCUUACAAUGUCUUUUCUGUGUGUGUGCUCUAGUGGAAGAGAGAGAGAGAGAGACGCGGAAAUAGGGAUCCCCGGUUCCCUCUGCCUAUAUUUAGUACCUGCAAAAUGUCAUUUCCUUAGAAAUGCUGGUGUCAUUGCUGGCUGGAAUGGGCCCCUGAACUCUAUUCAUGCCUCUUCCUUGCCUGAAUGGAGGAAGGAAUUGGUUGAAACCAGCCUUCUGUGAGGAAGGAAAAAUUCACACCUGUUGCUCCACCCACUUUUGCCCUUGACCCCGCCCACUGCUGAUGUGGCCCCCCAAAAGUUGCCCGGCGGCCCUUGGGCCUGAAGAGCGUUCCACCCUGAAGGAGAUGCCUUUUCAGAUUACAGACCUGGCAGUCUCAUUGGUGGGUGUUUCCUGGUCUGGGCUGCCUUUGCAGGUUCAAAGGAGCUUGAGGGAUCAAGUGGAUUCGAAGGUUGGAAGGAAUUCAUGAAAGGGAAUAAGCUGUAGUGAUGAAGAAGUCUCCUCAACUGCCAUUUUUAGGGGGUUAGAAUAGAGAGAGUGGCCGGGUAUCCCACUUUGAGGGUAGCACUCCCGUCCUUAGCAUGGUUGCCAACCACUCCUCAGCAACACUAAGUGCUGGCCAGGGGAGUAGCAUUUGGCAAGUAAAAUUAAGAGUUGGGAUUCCUGGGUUCUUCUAAGAGAAGUGGUUAAAAAAAAGGUAAAGCACACCUGACUGUUAAGUCCAGUUGUGAACGACUCUGGGGUUGCGGCGCUCAUCUCGCUUUUCUGGCUGAGGGAGCCGACAUUUAUCCGCAGACAGUUUUUCCAAGUCACGUGGCCAGCAGGACUAAGCCGCUUCAGGCGAAACCAGAGCAGUGCACGGAAACGCCGUUUACCUUCCCGUCAGAGCUGUACCUAUUUAUCUACUUGCACUGGUGUGCUUUUGAACUGCUAGGUUGGCAGGAGCAGGGACCGAACAACGGGAGCUCACCCCAUUGAGGGGAUUCGAACCGCUGACCUUCCGACCCCCAAGCCCAAGGCUCAGUGGUUUUACACUACAGCGCCACCUGUGUCCCAAGUGGAGUAGGACCUAAUUCAGGGUGGGCAACCUUCUCCACCUUGAGGGCCACAGUCCCUCCCAGGCAGCCUUUUGAGGGCCAUGGUUUUUUGGGACGCGGGUGGUGCUGUGGGUUAAACCACAGAGCCUAGGAUUUGCCGAUCAGAAGGUUGGCGGUUCGUAUCCCCGCGACGUGGUGAGCUCAUGUUGCUCUGUACCUGCUCCUGCCAGCCUAGCAGUUCGAAAACACGUCAAAGUGCAAGUAGAUCAAUAGGUACCACUCCGGCGGGAAGGUAAACGGUGUUUCCGUGCGCUGCUCUGGUUCGCCAGAAGCGGCUUAGUCAUGCUGGCCACAUGACCCGGAAGCUGUAUGCCGGCUCCCUCGGCCAAUAAAGCGAGAUGAGCGCCGCAAGCCCAGAGUCGGCCACGACUGGACUUAAUGGUCAGGGGUCCCUUUACCUUUUAGCAGAGCAAAAGUGUGGAGGGCGACAAAUGGAGAAUUGUCCUUCGUAGGGCAGGCUAGUUUCUACAUGCGUUCAGACAUCCUUCCCUCUGUGCCCUCCAUUCAGACAAGCAGGAUUCCUUAUCAGAGUUCAAGGGUGCAUUUCAGCAGGGCAAGUGAAGGUGAGGUUCUCCUCUCCUGGCAUAAUUAUUUAGAGUUUGGUUGAAUGUCUGUGGCCCGGACUCCUGGGUUCCUUGGGAAUGGAUGAAGCGUGGCUUCUCCAAGAGCGGAAUGUAUUAGGUGGAGAUAAGGGGGCGUUGGGUGGCUGAGUAACUUCUGACAGCCCAUAGUGGAAUUUCCUGGCUGCCGUUCAAAGGCUGAAAUGAACAUCUCCUUAGUAUUUUUUUUAAAAAACCCUUCUAAGUCUCAGAAUGAUGUCAGCCUGGGAACUCCCUCUUGUCUCCUCCAGAUCAGACUAGGCUGGCCGCCCCAAGCCACCGGGAAAUCAUGUGACUUCAUCUCCACCCUCCAUCCUUGUGUACAUGUUUUCUCCAGAAGCUAGUCGACUUAUCACUUUUAUGGCUCAUUCUUGCUUGAUCUUUUUCCAGGGAAGGGCCUAUCUCUCUCUUUUUUUCCCCAUGUAAGGGUUUGCAGUUUUGUUUCUGUGCCCGAUUUAGCAACCAAUGAGUCAUGGUUUUUUGUUUUAAAAAACUUAAACCUGCUAGUCCCUGGAAGAAAGGAAAGGGCAGGGUUGCCAUGAGAACAAUUCAUCACGAUGGCAGAAAGUGGUUAGGAAAAGGCACUGGGGAUUAUUUAGGGUGGGAAACGUUGGUGGGGCUACUGGCUACAUAUAUUUACAGUGGUACCUCGGGUUAAGUACUUAAUUCGUUCCGGAGGUCCGUUCUUAACCUGAAACUGUUCUUAACCUGAGGUACCACUUUAGCUAAUGGGGCCUCCUGCUGCUGCCGUGUGAUUUCUGUUCUCAUCCUGAAGCAAAGUUCUUAACCUGAAGCACUAUUUCUGGGUUAGCGGAGUCUGUAACCUGAAGCGUAUGUAACCUGAAGCAUCUGUAACCCAAGGUACCACUGUAUAGAACUUUGCACAGUCAUGGCUUCCCUGCAAAGAAUUCUGGGAGCUGUAGUUUACUCCGCCACGGAGCGAUGCUUCCUAGCAGUCUCAAUAAACUACAGUUCCCAAGAUUCUUGGAAGGUGGUGUAAGCCACGUAUGGUACAUAUGGUAUGUAAAAUGUUCUGGGGAAAGCGCUUGCGGCCUUUUAAAAUUACUAAUUUUCUGUUUGGAAAUUUAGGAAGUUAAAAAAAGGAGAAAGGUUUUUCUUCUUCUUCUCUGGAUCGCCAGAUUCUUCUUGCCAUCGGAACUUUUCGUGCAACUGGGAUGCCCGUCGAAAUUGCGGUCUGUUGAGUCACGGGAAAUUGGCAGUGUGGCUGGAUGAAAAAGGAAACAAGGCUCUCUCACACCUUUAAUUACAGGGAUGGGGAAAACUGAUAUUGCUGGACUAUAACUCUCAUCAUCCCUCGCUGUUGCCACCGACAGUUCUAGCUGGGGCUGAUAGCAGGAGUCCUGACUGCACCUAAAGGGCCACAAGUUCCCUGCUGCUGAUUUAAUAGUUUUUUUUGUGUGUGUUUUUUAAAUCUUAUUUAAAAAUAUUUAUUGGGUUUAAUUUUUUUUAAAAAAAUGUUUUUAGAUACUUUUUUGGGUUUUGAAUACGUUUUUGUUUUCUUUAAAAUUCUGUUUUGUUUUAUCACGGAUGUGUUUGCCACCUUGGGCUCCUUUGCGAAGAAGGACAGGAUAUAAAUCUAAUUAUUUAAGUUCAAGCAAACUUAUUAGUACUUGCUCAGAAGCCCCGUGUAGCUUGCAUGACAGGUUGUACUGGAGUUCCCUCUUCUGUACAAUUAUGAAAGGUGCAGGAGCUGCCUUAUUUUAUAUUUUAUUAUAUUUUAUAUUUGCUACCCUGAGUAUAUCUUGCACAGUGACAGUCGAAAAAUUGAGACGGUUACGUCAGCACAAUGUAUUCUGCAACCUGAGUCAGGGUUUCGAAGAAUUUUAAAUGUGGGUUUUUCGUUUCAUUUUUGUUUGCACGGGAAUAGCGAAUUGCAAAAAAAAAAUACAGCCGAUUGACAUUGCGGAGCAGCUCUUAAGUGCGGCGGCCAUUUUGAUUGAUGGCUGGCUCCGCACGCCUUUCUGUCUGGGCAUUUCUAUAGCAACUUCUUGUCCCUUGUGCCUGCCAGGCUGGCGGCGGCUGAGGGGUAACCAUUGCUGAGUAGUCGAAGUAGGAACUGGCUGCACCGUGUUUAGCUGGCGACAACUCAACUUUCUGGAGGAUGUUUGGGGAAGCCCAUCUGUUCCCAUGGCAACGGUUGGUGGCCGUAGUCCUCCAUGGAAGAUGAUUCAUCUUAUCUCCUCCCCGACUGGGUUACUAGAACAAGAGAUCUUCUUCCCUUUGGCAACGGUUGAUAAGAUAGCCCUAUUGUCUAUGCAGCCCACUGUCCCCAGAGGUGCUGGCUUGCCACAAGUUUGGCCAUUCUGUCCGGGGUCGCACAUUGCAUCUAUUCCCCCCCCCCAAUAAAUUGUUACUGUUUUCUUUACAUAAUCUUUCUUUCCAUACAUUUCAUACAUACAUCAACAUAUAAACCAUUUUGCUCUUCUGAGCCAUGACUUCCCUCCUUCCCUUCAGUUGGUAUCCCUUGUCACAUUCUUUCGCGUAUUUUAUCCUCUCAUCUUAUUUAUUUUACAUUAUAGGAGUUACUUCAGUCCUGCUAGUGUUUUUAAGUUUUUACAACUGUCUUUUAAAUACUCAGUAAAUUUACUCCAGUUAUCCUGGAAUCUCUGGUCGUCCCUAUCCCGAAUCCUUCCCGUCAAUUUGGCUAGUUCCGUGUCAUCUAUCAUUUUCGACUGCCGUUCCACAAUGGUAGGAACUUGUGAUUUCCAGUUUGGGGCCAACGAAGUCCUUGCCGCAGCUGUGGCCUAUACAUGAAUAAUCUUUGGCCCUUUAUCUUAAUUUCCUUUCCCAUCAGACCAAGCAAAAAAGCCUCUGGUCUUUUGGGGACAAAGGCCUGUAUAGUUAAAGCUAUGGUUUUCCCAGUAGUGAUGUAUGGAAGUGAGAGCUGGACCAUGAAGAAGGCUGAUCGCCGAAGAAUUGAUGCUUUUGAAUUAUGGUGCUGGAGGAGACUCUUGAGAGUCCCAGGGACUGCAAGAAGAUCAAACCUAUCCAUUCUUAAGGAAAUCAGCCCUGAGUGCUCACUGGAAGGACGGAUCCUGAAGCUGAGGCUCCAAUACUUUGGCCACCUCAUGAGAAGAGAAGACUCCCUGGAAAAGACCCUGAUGUUGGGAAAGAUGGAGGGCACAAGGAGAAGGGGACGACCGAGGACGAGAUGGUUGGAGAGUGUUCUCGAAGCUACCAGCAAGAGUUUGACCAAACUGCGGGAGGCAGUGGAAGACAGAAGUGCCUGGCGUGCUCUGGUCCAGGGGGUCACGAAGAGUUGGACACGACUAAACAACAAUAUUUCAAUAUUUUUUAAAGCUCAUUAUAGGAGAGCACAUUGCAUCUAAAGUACAUCAUCAAACGCAGGUAUAGUAAAAGAUAAUAAAAGCAACGCCAUUAAGGCCGCCUCCUUAAGCGCGGCGCCCCCUUCAGUGCAGUUUGGCCUAUUGGAUCCUCCUGUCUCUCUCCUCAUUUUGGACUAGGAGAUAUCCUGCUGCAGGCUUGCGCUCGGAGCCCUCCCAGGAACUUGUAUAGAACCCGGUUGAUAAACCUGCUUAGUUAGCGACUCUUGUGUGGCAAGCUGAACAGAGAUCAAGGUUCAGCAGGAGCCUCCAGCCUGCAGGGGAGACCGAAACCUGCGGAAAGCGUGCCAACUGAUCACCAGCGCUGUGAUUUACAGCCACUUCGGAACAGGGUGACUCUGUUUUUUUCUUUUUUCUAAAAAAAAAAAGUUUUGGGUGGCUGUGACCUUUGUAAGUGCAAAGAACCAAUACUAUAUUUCACUGUGGUGGAAGGUAUUAUGGCCUUUCGUAUGCCACUGUCUCCCUCUAGUGGUUAAAAGUCAGACUCUCUCAGUUUUAUUAAGUUUUCAGUUUUACAAUUUAAAGUACUCAUUUCUACAUUCUUAAGACAUCCGUGACUUCCCUUCUUCUCUUUCCAUGGCUCAUUUUACAUGUCAUAAAUCCCUGCAUAUUUUACAAAAACUAUACCAUUCAUCAUUCCAUUAUUACAUCCAUCAGAACUUAUUUACACUGUUCAAUUUGUCUUCAUGUUGCCAGCGUUUUCAGCUGUACACCGUUAUUUCCCAUACAUUCAAUAAACGUUUUCCAAUCUUCUCUAGACGUAUGUCCUUCUUGUUCUCUUAUUCUAUAUCUCUUAUUCUAUAUGUUAAGCCUGCAAGCUGCGCAUAUUCUGUUGGCUUAAGUUGCCAUUCUUCUUUGGUUGGAACCUCGCUCGUUUUCCAGUUUCUGGGCUAGCAAAACGUGGGCCGCAGUAGUGGCAUACAUAAAUAACAUUUUUUGAUACCUGGGAAUUUCAAGUUGCAAGUCAGUCUCAGCCCUUUCCUACAUGCUUUUGUGGCUUCCUGAAGGCCAAGUCGCUGGUAAAAGUGCUGUGAUUCUGACUCUCAUAAAAAACCCCACUCAUACUAACCAUCCCAGAGCACUCAACCACUGCCACAAUGUCCUUUCUCCUAUCAGAUCAAAAUUGUCCUAUCAGAUAACAGCAAAGGUUGCUAGGUUCAUAGCAGGGGCAAUCAGAAUAAGGGCCACUAACUGACGGCUGAUUCAGGACUUUAAAUUGUGCUCAAACUUUUAAAUUGUGCUCUUAAAUCAAACUUCCUUUUCUGCGUAUACUGUAAUGUUUUACUGUUGCUAUGGCCAUUGGCUAAUGCGAAUAAAGUUUUAUCUGUCUAUCAAACACUGCCCUCUCUCUGGCUUGCAGCGGGAAUUACUUUAGCUAUGUUUCCACAAUUACUUAAGCUACGUUUUGGGUACCAUCCCAAGGCUGCAGAGUUAACUAGCAGAGUGGCUGGGGAAAGCCAGCAAGAUAGGUGGGGUAUAAAUGAUGAUGAUUGUUAUGUACUGAAGUUCUCACCCUUGGCCAGCAGGGGGAUACUGUAGAUAGUUUACACUCAGGUCCACAUAUGCAAAUAAGGGAUUGAAAGUGACAUUCAGUGAUUGGAUAGUUACAGAAAAUGGUUACUGUUGCGUUGUAGUGGAGCUCUAUAUAAGCAGGCUGGCUGAACCCUUCAGUUCAGUUCUGUUCUGGCCUGUGAAUAAACAAGAGCUUUUUGAAGAAUCGCUGUGUCGUCUGAUAUGUUCACCCACAACUUAACAAUGAUGAUGUACAUAAGACGAGCUGGAUUAGGCUAAAGACGGGUCUAGUCAUUGAAUUACAGAAUUAGAUUGAGGCUUAGAUCUCAAUGUUUUGGUUUCAUUUCCUCAGGCUGGCAGCGAUGGAGCCAAAAUCGGGAACUGCCCCUUCUCCCAGCGACUCUUCAUGGUCCUUUGGCUCAAGGGCGUGACCUUCAACGUCACCACGGUGGACACCAAGAGGUGGGUAGAAAUUGCCGCAGGGGCACCCUAGGGCGCCCUCCCUUUUGCUAUGGACUUGCACGUGCAUCUCCCCGGCCGGCCAGCAUCGCUUAUCUUCGCUGCAGGGUCCUUCUUGCAGUUACAAGCACUCUAAUAUGUUCUUCUUCUUCUUCUCUUCCUUGUAGGAGGACCGAGACGGUGCAGAAACUAUGCCCCGGAGGUCAGCUCCCGUUCCUGAUGUACGGGACCGAGGUUCAUACAGACACGAACAAGAUUGAAGAGUUCCUUGAGGAGGUCCUUUGCCCUCCGAAGUAAGAAUUAUAUGAGGCAAUUGAGCUGAUCAUGGGCAUACCAAGGAUUAUUAUGGUAUACCUGAAGGAGCAUGUCCACCCCCAUCGUUCAGCCCAGACACUGAGGCCCAGCUCUGAGGGCCUUCUGGCAGUUUCCUCACUGCGAGAUGUGAGAUUACAGGGAACCAGGCAGAGGGCUUUCUCGGUGGUGGUAACCGCCCUGUGGAACGCCCUCCCACCAGAUGUCAAGGAAAUAAACAACCACAGUGGUAUCUCGGGUUAAGAGCUUAAUUUGUUCUGCAGGUCCAUUCUUAACCUGAAACCGUUCUUAACUUGAGGUACCACUUUAGCUAAUGGGGCCUCCUGCUGCCACUGCUGCACGAUUUCUGUUCUCAUCCUGAAGCAAAGUUCUUAACCCGAGGUACUAUUUCUGGGUUAGCGGAGUCUGUAACCUGGAGCGUCUGUACAGUGGUACCUCGGGUUACAGAUGCUUCAGGUUACAGACUCUGCUAACCCAGAAAUAGUACCUCGGGUUAAGAACUUUGCUUCAGGAUGAGAACAGAAAUCAUGUGGCGGCGGCGCGGCGGCAGCAGGAGGCCCCAUUAGCUAAAGUGGUGCUUCAGGUUAAGAACAGUUUCAGGUUCAGAAUGGACCUCCAGAACGAAUCAAGUACUUAACCCGAGGUACCACUGUAUCUGACUUUUAGAAGACAUCUGAAGGCAGCCCUUUUAAGGGACGUUUUUAAUGACUGAUGUUUUAAUGUAUUUUUAAUCUUUUGUUGGAAGCCGCCCAGAAUGGCUGUGGAAACCCAGCCAGAUGGGCAGGGUAGAAAUAAUAAAUUAUUAUUAUUAUUAUUUUGAGCAUUUUUCAGGAGAUCACCCCUUCAAGGGGGCAGGCUUCUGCUGAGGGGCAGGGGGCAGAACCUCCGUUUAUUGAGUACUUUCAAUGCUUUGCGAUAAUUUUUGUGGAUCUAGGGGAACUGGUUAGGGAAAGGGGGUUGCUGGCUCUCUCUAGCAGGAGUUGCCACUAAGCAAGGCCGCUUCACGGUUAAUGAUAAAUCUGCCUUCUCUACCACAGGUACCCCAAGUUGGCUGCCCGUAACCCCGAGUCCAACACAGCUGGCCUUGACGUCUUUGCCAAGUUCUCUGCCUAUAUCAAGAACUCGAACCCAGGGCAGAACUCCAGUGAGUAUCUUGGCCCCCAAAUCCUCACUGGGCGGCCUCUUCCCAAGUGUUUUGAUUCUCAGAUUGGUCUUUUUCAGUUGGCCCCUUCUUUCCCAGGCCUCUCAGUGAACUGACUGGGAUAUCCUUUCGUUCUCACUGGCUUCUUUCCUCCAUGGGCUUCAGUUGCUGCUUGCUUGCAUCUUCGUUUUAAUUGGGCGGGAUUCAUCUAGGUAAUUGCGUAUGAAUCCUGGGAGCUAUAGCUUUUUAAGGGUGCUGAGGAACCCCCCCUUAUUUUCCAUAAUUUUUAUUAAAGUUUCCAGUUUUUCCAUUUCCACAUUAACAUCUUUCAUUAUACCAAGGUGGAUAAAAAUCAAUGAUUUUUUAAAAAAACAACAACACAAAAAACCCAUAUUUUUUAAAAAAAUUGGAUUUUUUUAUUAAAUAGGAUUUUUAAAAUAAAAUGCUUUUGGAGGAAAAAUCUUUCUAAAGAUAGUUUUCUAUUUAAGCUACAUUAUAGUCCAAAGGCUAUUUAUCAGGAAAUAAGGAUUUGUUAUAAGUUUUUCAUGUGUGCUAAAACUCAAUCUUAAGUUGUUGUUUUUUAAUUGUUUAACCACAUCAGUUAACAAACAUGGAUACAUAUGCUAUAAUGUUAUUGUUUCAGUUAAAUAAAUUGUUAUUAAGGAAAUGAUUAUUUUUUCUCCUUCCAAUAAAGUACAGCAGAAAAGUUGUCCAAAUAUAUAACUUAUUAAACCUCACAAUGAUUUCAUAAUGACCUGUCUAUGCAUUUCUAAUAGUAUAACCAAAUCAGUAAUUUUUUAUAUAACUGUAAAAACUACUCUGAAAAUUUAUUAUUCCAAAAAUGAAACCUUCAUUUGCUUGUAAAUAUUAAGAUUAUACCAGCAAGAAUGUCUUCCUGUAAAAAAAGAUUUAAAUCUAGUCUUACUGUCUUAAAUUGUGAUUUAAAUCGAUUUGAUUGAAAUCAAAUCCACCCUGCAUUAUACACAUACAUUCAACGACUUCCCUCCUUCCCCUUCCAAGGUUCUUGGAAGAAGAAGAAAAGAGUGCUGAGACCCUUUUUCUCCUCCAGUGCUAUGAUUCCCAAAGUUCCUUGAAAAGAGGGAUCAAUCGUUAAACCAAUCUGGGAACUGUAGACCUGUGAGGGGAAUAGGGUGGCUCUAGGCACCCUUAACAAACUACAUCUCCCAUAAUUCCUUGGGGGGAUCAUGACCAUUUAAAGUGGUAGGACACUGCCUGAAAUGCAGAUGGUGCCUUAAUUCCUUGAUCUCAUUGGCUCUGUCAUUCUUUUUUUCUUGGAUGCCAUUGGCUCCCUCUGUGUCUCCCUCUUGCCUCAAAUCCCAAUGGCUCCCUUUCCAGCUUAGAUGCUACUUGAACCCUUCCUGAUGUUUUCCCUCGUCACUCCUUGGCUUUUCAAUGGUUCCGUUCAUUCCUCCCCCCUCUCCCCCUGCCCGUCCCCCCCGUAUUUCUUAGAUCUUGAGAAAGGUUUGCUGAAAGCGUUGAAGGUGCUGGAUGUUUAUUUGACAACGCCGCUGCCGGAGGAGGUGGACGAGAAUAGUGCUGAGGACGAGGGUCAGUCCCGCCGCAAAUUCCUCGAUGGGGAUGAGCUCACGUUGGCCGACUGCAAUCUUCUGCCCAAGCUUCACAUUGUGAAGGUGAGAACCUCUUCUUUUGCUCCUCCUCCAGCCCCACUCCACCCCCAACUCCCAUAAGGCCAGGAGGGUUGGAUGGAAUUUGGGAGUUAAGAGGGCUUUCCCCAGCGGAGCAAAUUAAAUUGGGACUUCAGAUUCCCCAAGACUCAGGUUAUAAAAUUAACCUGGCCAGAUCUUGCAUGGGAUUGGGUUUUAAUUUAAAUCAUUCUUCUAAGGACAAAAUGGCAAAAAGAUAGGCAUCUCUGUGGAAAGAUUCUCCUGUUAAGUAUCUGGGUAGAUGGCUACUUCAAGAUCUAAAUACCGUAUUUUUCGCUCUUAAGAUGCACCUAGUUUUUAGAGAAGGAAAACAAGAAAACAAAAUAUUUUGAAUCAAAUGUUGUUGAAGAGGCUUUGCGUUGCUUUUGCUGAAGCCAGAACAGCAAGAGGGAUCGCUGUGCGAUAGCUGCGUAUUCGCUCCAUAAGACGCACCCCUUACUUUUUAGGAGGGGAAAAGUGUGUCUUAUAGAGUGAAAAAUAUGGUAACUUAUCACAAUAUAAGCGUGGAAAUCUGUUGGCUGAGGUUUGAGCUUAAUUGAAUCACUGGUCUUUCUUGAAAUCGAGCUACAGGGGGAAAAGAAAAAUUAUCUUCAGCCACAAUGGCCCCAGCUGCACUACACAUUCAAAGCAGUUUGUUAUGGUUGCUGAAUGUUGUAGGGAGACCCUUAUUACCUUAGCAGACCUACAGUUCCCAGAGGCAUUGAUGGCUAAAAACUGCCCUGGGAACUGUAGCACUGUGAGGGGAACAGGGAUUGUUUCAUGAUUCGGUCCAGUACAGUGGUACCUCAAGUUAAGUACUUAAUUCGUUCCGGAGGUCUGUACUUAACCUGAAACUGUUCUUAACCCGAAGCACCACUUUAGCUAAUGGGGCCUCCUGCUGCCACCGCGCCGCCGGAGCACGAUUUCUGUUCUCAUCCUGAAGCAAAGUUCUUAAACUGAAGCACUAUUUCUGGGUUUGCGGAGUCUGUAACCUGAAGCGUAUGUAACCUGAGGUACCACUGUAUAUCUGAAGGAGCAUCUCCACCCCCAUCGUUCUGCCUGGACACUGAGGUCCAGUGCCGAGGGCCUUCUGGCGGUUCCCUCACUGCGAGAAGCCAAGUUACAGGGAACCAGGCAGAGGGCCUUCUCGGUAGUGGCACCCGCCCUGUGGAACGCCCUCCCACCAGAUGUCAAAGAGAACAACAACUACCAGACUUUUAGAAGACAUCUGAAGGCAGCCCUGUUUAGGGAAGCUUUUAAUAUUUGAUGCAUUACUGUAUUUUAAUAUUUUGUUGGAGUGGCUGGGGAAGCCCAGCCAGAUGGGCGGGGUAUAAAUAGUAAAUAAUUAUUAUAUAUUAUUAUGACUCUCGGCACCCUUAACAAACAGCAGUUCCCAGGAUUCCUUGGGGGAAGACAUGACUUUUUACAGUGGUAUGAUACAGGUUUAAAUGUGGAGUGCAGCCAAUCUCACUGACUGUGUCCCUUCUAUGUUAAUGAACAUGGCAACAAGAAUGCUUGGACGGGGUACAGUCGUACCUCGGGUUAAGUACUUAAUUUGUUGCAGAGGUCCGUUCUUAACCUGAAACUGUUCUUAACCUGAGGUACCACUUUAGCUAAUGGGGCCUCCCACUGCCGCUGCGCCGCUGGAGCACGAUUUCUGUUCUCAUCCUGAAGCAAAGUACUUAACCCGAGGUACUAUUUCUGGGUUAACGGAGUCUGUAACCUGAAGCGUCUGUAACCCGAGGUACCACUGUAUUGUGUGUUGUGUGAGAUGUUAUCUGUCCUGUUUUGAAUCACACAAGCAGGCGGACUUCCGCAAGCAGGCAGAAUGCUUUGAUUUUACUGAAUUCUAAGUUCAGCACCUAUUACCAAAUUCCUUCUUGUGUGGAAUCUCGGAACGCAUGCGCGCCUGAUUCAUUCAUACGCCAUGUUGCCUAAAUUAUGUUUGAUCUCUCCGUCUCAACAGGUGGUGUGCAAGAAGUACCGCAACUUUACCAUCCCUGAGGCGUUCCAAGGCAUCCACCGCUAUCUCAAGAAUGCUUACGCCCGUGAGGAGUUUGCCAGCACCUGCCCAGACGACGAAGAGAUUGAGCUAGCUUAUGAGCUGGUUGCCAAAGCUUUGAAAUAACAAACUUCUGAGAGUUGGAAAAAGGGACGUAGGGUUUCCGUGGCAGGGAUAUUGGGGUCUGGGGUUGGGCCCAUUGAAGGGUAUUUUUAUGUAUGUACUUACGUUUGGGGGGGAAGGGGGGAGGAAGGAGGGAGAAUGACUUAUUUUCUGGGAGGGGGAGACGUGAUUUGAAUUUCAGUAAGAACAAGAAUAAAAUAAAAGUACACGUUUGU